UCUCUUCUUCAUAUUCCUAAUAUUCUUCGCGUCGACAUUUUAAUGGCUGCAGUUUGCGUGUCGAGUAUCGCGCGAGCGUGAAGAUUUUUCGGCGAGAAUUACUGCAGUUCAGGUACUUCGAUUAGUUCAAUAGCUACUUCAGGUAUUCUCUAUACGUAUCAAAGUGCCAAUCGAGAACUCGCGUGCAAUCGCAUCGUUCUGAGAAGGGAGUAAAGGCUGUGGCCUUUUCCACUGAGUGAGACUAGUGGGACACUAUAUCCGCCAUAGCUCUCCCCCUCUCCUUUCUUUUUCUCUCUCUUUCUCUCUCUUUCUAUAUAUAUCCCUGUCUCACUCAGCGAUAAGUUGCAACCAUGAGCUAUGGUUAUAAUAAAUACAGCUCUACUAUGAGUUCCCGCGGUCGCGGUUUUGGUUCUCGUGGAGGUGGGUCUUAUAGAGGCCGAGGAGGUGGAGGAAAUGAUUGGGGUGGCUCCACAGGCAAUAUGUCUGGCAGAGGUGGUUAUUCAUCUUCUCGAGGUGGUCGAUUUAAAUAUUCUACAACAAGCUACGAUUCUAGAUCAAAAUAUACUUCAGGAGGAUCAGAGCGAUAUUCAAGCAGAGGCCGUGGUGAACAUUCAAACAGUUAUAAAAGACCUCGUGAUUCCUAUUCUGGAAGGGACGAUCAUCGAUCGUCUAGCGAUUCAACACGGAAAAGAAUAAGAACUGACUCUUACCAGGGUGGAGGUAGCGGUAGCGGCUCACAGAGGUAUUCAUCGUACGGAGGUUCAUCCGCAUCGGCGCCUUAUGACGAUAAUAAGGGCUCGUCGUCGUCCGGAGUGUACGAGGACAAGAGACAGAGCGAACGUGCGUCAUCGUAUCACCGUUCCGAGGAUCGUCACUCCGCAUCUCGGAGCUAUGCACCUCCGCCACCCCCUCGGAUUAGCGAGAUGGCACCACCCCCGACUCAGAGAUACACCUCGAGUCGGGGAAGAAUAUCGCACCAGAACUCAAAUUAUAGAGGUCGCAUCUCGACCCGCGGCAGCAGCGGCAGAGGGGGUGGAUUUCAUCGGGUGAGCUCUCGAUCGGACGUCCUCAUGGUGGCUCGCAAGCGUACCCUGCACUCGCUCGACUAUCGCCGAAAGCUGCUAGGCUCACGCUCACGAGAAUACAUCCAGCGUAUGAGAAUGACUACCACGAAACUACGUAGGAGUAGCGGUACUAGGCUCACUGGGAGUAAAAAGGACUCAGGAUCUGGAACCAGCGUGAAGGACAAGGAUAGAGAGAUGGCCAAAGCCAUAAAUGCCGAAUUUUCCGACGACGAUGAAGAUGAGGAUGAUGAUAAUAAGAGUAACUGGGAUGACGAAGAGAAGCCGCAUGAACACGAUGAAGAGGAAGAGGCAGAGGAAGAGGAUGAGAAGAAGAAUAAAGAGGACAAGCGUAAGAAAGAGAAACAGGAUAGAGAACGGCAGCAUACCGAAGAUGAGGAAGAAAAGGACGAUGAUAUGAAAGAAGAGGACGAUCAGAAGCGAGAUGAAGACGAAGAUGACGGCGAUGAUGAAGAGAGAGAUGAAAACGAAAAAACGGAACGCGAUAGAACUAUUGGUUCCGAGGAGUUACCAAGUCGACGAGAUGGGAGAAAAUUCAUUAAAUUGAAGUGCCCGCAUUGCGCCCAUCACAGCAUAACAUUCAAGGAAUAUUCUGUUCACCUGUUCACCGAUCGCCAUAGUGCAGCUAUGAGACGUAUUGCGUCGCGACACAAGGCGACUCUUACGCGUAUGAGAGUCUUGCAGCGGCAGGAACAACGACGCGUUGAAGCUCGCGACGCAAUUCGCGGCACGCUACCCUCUCGUACUAUGUUCUGCGCAAUUUGCAAAUUGAAUUACCGUUCUCUGAAAGCCGCUCAUCAAUUAUCCGAUUCGCAUUGUCAGAUGAAACGAUUCCUCACGCCGUUCUGUCGCGUCUGUCGGAUUCAAUUUCGUUCACCGAUGUUAUUUGAAACGCACAUGUGCUCUCUGGAUCACAUUAAAAGAAAAAGCGUACUGAAGGAGAGAAUGAACGCUAACGGGAGUGGCGAGGCGGAAGCAGACUCUAGCGCGCCCGAGGAAGAUGACAAGGAAGUCAAUCUCGAUAAUUUCAUGACGCUGGAUUCCGUGGGUGACGUUGACGUAGAAGAGGACGAAUCCAACGACAAGAAGAAAGAUAAAGCCGAAGGCGAGACUACGAGCGAGACAGAGAAGAAGUCAAAAACGAAACAAAUGAUCAAAGUCGGUGCGGAGUACAUAAAACGCGUGGAGGUGCAAUAUUGUGAGCUGUGUAAGGUGUACCUGCCGCGCAGUGAAAAUACAGAAAGAGCGGUCGCUCUUCACUGCUCCACUCGUAGUCAUCUAAAACGAUAUGUGAGAGAUAAUGAUGAUAAGGCUUUGAGACGUCAAGCGGAACGAAUACACUUGCAAUCGUCAUCAUCGUCAUCGUCAGCGAAUGUGAAUUCUAACAAUUCGACCGCCAUCAAUUCGUCGGAAACCGUGAAAGCAGCUCCCGUCAAUUCCGAGCCACAAACGUCGGCGAGCGCUACGCUCGCUGUAGUUGCGAUCGAUAACAACGGCACUCGUAGCGCGGAAUACGCGAAAAUCGAGGAGCAGAAAUCAAACGGCUCGGAAUCGGAAAAGAACAUGAAAGAAAGCAAAAGUAACCAGGGCGACGAGGAUGACGACGACGAUUAUCGCGCUCAUGGUGAUGAGAAAUCCACAUGGGACGACGUUGACAAAGACUUGGGUGACAUUUUGAGGGAAAGUGAAGCGGCAGCAUCGAAAUCGAGCGAUGAUGAGGAGUCACGUUAUGACCGUUUCCGCAAUUCAGACAAGAAGCAGCAAUCCGGGAAGGAAAAGGAGAAUGACAAGAGCGAAGUGCUCGAAGAAAAGUCCGCUAAUAAUAAGAUUAAAGAAAUAAAAGUCAAGAUCGAAAAGACAGAUAUGUAAUAUGUUACUAAUUCAUCAAUUAUUAUCGGUUCUCUUUCUGGUUCGUCGGCAGUUUCUUUUUCGAUUGUGCUUAUCAUUUAAGGAGAUCAUUAUUGCAAAAAAUAUGCGAACAUGACCAACACAAUUUGUGUCUCAUAACAUUCAGUCGUGAAAAUAAUGAUUGCAAUUUAAUGCUAUAAGCUUCAUGAAUUUCAAUUUCAAUCUUCUGUAAUUUCAAUUGUAUCAGCAGAAUCCCAAUGUAUAAGUGAGUCCUCGUCGAAAUGACGAAACUCCAUCAGUACAAUCAUCGAAAUAUAAUUAUACUGUGCGAAUUAUGAAAUCAAGUAUAUAUGAAUAUUAAUCUUGCGUUACGUAUUAACAAGAAUAUGUAUGCGUAUGAAAUAAUUUGAGCCGUUUAGACAUAGUUUAAUGUUGAUUAAAAGUGUCAAAGGAAUUUCACAUUCUUCA